AUGGGGGCUCCUCACAUCUCAAUGCUUCCAGUUCUUUUAGUUGUUCUCUUCUCAUUGUCUGGGGCAACUUUAGCUGAUUCUCAUGACGAUUUCCUUCAUUGCCUUUCUCUUCAUUCAGCAGACUCUGCUUCUAUUUCUAAGGUCAUUUUCACACAAAGUAAUUCCUCAUAUUUACCUAUUUUAGAUGUUUCUAUUCAAAAUCUCAGGGUCUCCACAUCGGCUACCCCUAAACCCUUUGUCAUUGUAACCCCACUGCAAACAUCCCAUAUCCAAACAACAAUUUAUUGUUCAAAAACACACAAGCUCGAAAUUAGAAUUCGAAGUGGUGGUCAUGAUUUUGAAGGUCUUUCUUAUGUUUCUGAAGUUCCAUUUAUCAUUCUUGAUCUGGUUAAUUUUAGAUCGAUUGAGGUUGACACCAAAAAUAAAGUUGCAUGGGUUGAAUCUGGUGCGACUAUUGGUGAAUUUUAUUACAGAAUUGUUGAAAAAAGUAAAACUCUUGCCUUCCCAGCCGGUGUUUGUCACACUAUCGGUGUUGGUGGGCAUUUUAGUGGGGGAGGUUAUGGCAUAUUGAUGCGGAAAUAUGGACUUGCUGCUGAUCAUGUAAUUGAUGCUCACUUAAUUGAUGUUAAUGGAAGAAUUCUGGACCGAAAAUCCAUGGGUGAGGAUUUAUUUUGGGCCAUUCGAGGAGGUGGAGGAAAUACCUUCGGAGUUGUUCUCGCUUGGAAGGUAAAGCUAGUUCCCGUCCCAGAAGUUGUGACUGUUUUCACAGUCAACAAGACCUUAGAACAAAACGCAACCAAAAUUCUUCAUCGUUGGCAACACAUUGGUCACAAGCUUCCUGAUGAUCUAUUCACGGAUGUCACGAUAACGAAGGUAAAUUCCAGUCAAGUAGGGAAGAAAACAAUUCAAGCUGCUUUCAAAGCCUUGUAUCUUGGUGGGAUUGAUGAGCUAAUUCCAUUGAUACAAGACAGGUUUCCUGAGCUCGGAUUAGUAAAACAAGACUGCAUUGAAAUGAGUUGGGUUGAGUCAGUUCUCUACUUUGGUGGAGUUUCAAGAGAACGUCUGGAUAUUUUGCUUGACAGGAAUGCUCUCCCAAAACAAACUUUCAAAGCAAAAUCUGACUACGUGAAGGAACCAAUUCCUGAAAGUGGAUUGGAGGGGAUAUGGGAAAAGUUUUUUGAGAAAGAGGCAGAAAUCGCUUUUAUGAUGAUGGUAGCUUUUGGAGGGAAAAUGGAUGAAAUUCCAGAGGCUGCACUUCCAUAUCCGCAUAGAGCUGGCAACUUGUACCAAGCCUCGUACCUUGUGGCCUGGUCAAAAGAAGAAAAUGCAGAAUCUCAAAAGUACAUAAGUUGGAUCAGGAGACUUUACAGUUAUAUGACCACUUACGUUUCAAAAUCUCCGCGAGAAGCAUAUUUUAAUUACAGAGAUCUAGAUAUUGGAACCAAUAACGUCGGCUACACAAGUUAUGCACAAGCUAGCAUUUGGGGUUUGAAAUAUUUUAAGAAUAACUUCAACAGAUUGGUACAUGUAAAGACCAUGGUUGAUCCUGAAAAUUUCUUUAAGAAUGAACAAAGUAUCCCUCCUCUUUCAUCUUCGCCGAAGAACAAGGGUCCCUAGAGUAAAAGCGUUCAGAUUUCUGUUAAGCAUGAAUAAAGAUGUCAAUGAAAAGUAUAUUGCAAAUAAAGAGUUUCUCUGUUCCUAUUUCUUCCAUGACGAGAUACAUGCCAAGUCUAAUAAAUUAUAACCUUACCUUUGUUUUGCAGC